AUGUCCUUUCACGUUAGACCCGCGGAGAGGAGCGACGUGCCUCGAAUAAUUCAAUUGAUCAAAGACUUGGCCGAAUAUGAGAAGGAGCCUGACUCGGCGAAAGCAACUGAAGAAUUGCUCAUUCGGAACAUCUUCGAGAAACAUCAUGCGUCUGCACUGGUCGCAUGCCUAGGAAAUCCAGAAAGCCCCGGUGAGACUAUAGGACUGGCGCUGUAUUUCUUCAACUUUAGUACUUGGACCGGCAAACCUGGACUAUAUCUAGAAGACCUCUACGUAUCGCCCGAGCAUAGAAACCUUGGAGUUGGCAAGGCUCUUUUCGGGCAUUUGGGAAGAGUAGCCGAGGAAAACGACUGUGCUAGAUUAGACUGGGCAGUGUUGAAAUGGAAUGCUCCUUCGAUCGCAUUUUACGAACAAGUACUCGGAGCCAAACCCAUGGACGAAUGGCAGGGCAUGCGCCUCGAAAUCGAGGGCAUCCAAAACCUCCGCAAGUACGUCAAGUAA